AUGGCCGAUUCCUUCUCUCUGCCUUUGCGGCCGAUUAGGAAGAAGACCGAGGACUCAGAUACACUGCCCAUCCGCAUUGCGCAGAUCAACGCCCAGAGGGGAUCCUUCCGAGAUGUUACUGAGGAGAGCUUGUCGAAUGAAAUCGAAGCUCUCCGCGUUUCCGGGAAAGAGGCGUCUGAUAUAGGAGAGCCGGCCGAAGCUGGGGACGACGCUGAUGACAAGGAACAGCAGCUCUUCACUAGCCGAUCAGAGAUGCUCGAGUUUGCGACGCAGGCCCAAGUCGAAGCUUGCUACGCCCUAGAUUUCGUUUCCCUCGCUCUCUCAAAGUAUGCCCCGCGCCAGGUGGAGCUAUCCAUGACGCCGUAUAUCAAAUUCAAAAUCCCGACUGGCUCUCUCGGCAUAGAUAAGAUAAAAACACCGGAGCAUACUGAGGCCGACAAGAAGGAUAUCGCGAUCGUCUCGAAGGGAUGGAAACUGGAGAGUUUCAGCUCUGCUGCAAACAACCUGCUUGAAGCUGCCACUCGCCUGCAGAAGGAAGUUGCCGCGGAGACCAAGUAUUGGUCCGAGGUGCUGGCAAUCAAGGAAAAGGGAUGGAAGAUAUGCCGGCUCCCACGCGAGAGGCAAACUCUGGGCGUGCAGCAUGGUUUUCUUGAAGCUGCUUCCGUGUUUAGAGAUCGAGGCUUGGGGGCGUUAAGAAGGGGAGACGAUGGGUCCUUGUAUGUCGACCACGGGAUGAAUGCAUCUCCUCUACAAGUCGUGCGCAUUCGUGUGCGAGAGGGUGGGGAAAUAGUUGGAGUAUCACAACCAGCCUGUGUCAAACAUGCACAUGAUACAUCUGCCCAGGAGACCUACAUUCACCAAGCGAGAGACUCUCUAUUUGAGGAGGAGCUGUUCUACGAACUAAAUCGCGAAGCACGGGCACUUCUCCGACACGGCGUUGAAACCCGGCACAAUCAGAUCUUGUUCCAUGUGAACGAGAGCCAACAGGUUCUCGUUGACAUGAUCCCAGUGGACGAAACUGCCACCCAUGACCUAGAAGCAGGCUCAGCUGGAUUUCCAGCCAACGACCUCGCCCACGCAAUUGCUUGCUCCAUCCGCAUCCUUUUAACCCACGCCCAUCGGAAGAACCGCCGCCGGCGGACCCAGAUACCUGCAGCCAUAUCUGUGAGGAAACGUCCGACGAUAGAAUAUCCACUCCUCCAGCCAAGCAUUACGUACCUCCAACAUAGAUCGCACAUGCAGUGGCUUUUAUCGUUCCUCCACAAUAUAACCAAUACGCUACUCUCUGCUGGACUCAAAUGCAAGUACUGGGCGAACCCCCCAUCAUCCAAGGACCGUCUUGGGACCCCCGCCAAUCAAGAUAAAAAUAUACUCCUUGUAGAAUCCCUCGUGGACUCAUUUCUUAAUGUUCAAGAGGCCGCAGUCUCAGGUGACUUCCUUAGCCCGAAUAGCCGUUAUAAAAUUCGGGUUCGGACAGACUUGGACCCUACAGCACUUGGAACUGAAUUUAACACAUGGACCAGUCUUCCCUCGUUCCCGCAACAACAAAUCAUCCAAAGAUUUGGUACUCGUGAUGAUAUUCAAGAAUUCCUUAUUUACUUAUUUACCCUGGAUUUAGUUCAUACAAUUCCGUUACUUGGCGGAACGAGAACCAUAUCGUCUUUACCCAAUAUGCUACCUGGAGACGCCGAGCCUGGCCCGAGUGAUCCAACUGCAGGUCUAGUGACCGCACCAACCACUGCCUCCAAAACUGCAAUCUGGGAGCCUACGUUUUCAGAACACGGGGAGCUAAUAGCCCAUGCCCCUGGAAAAAGUCGGAAUAAGAAACUGCGAGUGGUAUUAAGCGGAGAAUCGCUAGUACUGCAUUGUGUGUCGACGAAUCAUGCAGAGGACGAGGAGGUGGAAGAAUCCAGUUACACAUGGAGUGUCAAUCAGACCGAUGACGACUCCCGCCUCACACUUCAGGAAACCCUCAAGCAAAUUGAGGGUAGCGACUGA